AUCCACAGAAGGCGGCGGCCAUGUUGGUGUCCUCUGACCGCCGGAAGUAGUUAGAGGUUUAUCCUCUACCGCCAUCUGGAGGCAGCAGCUUUCAACAGUCUGAGCUCCUUCUGGGUGUUUUAAAGAAGAGUUUUCACAGGGUUCAGUCGACUGCUUGGUGUCAACCUGGUGACUGAUGAUCCUGCUGAGGCAAAGCACCAACGCAUUACAGCUCCAGUCAGCGUGCCAGGACCUUGGAAUGAUGGGAAAUGGUGCAGUGCCGCUGUGUGUCGUUCAUUGUGACAUUGAGAGCUAUCAAAGGUCUGACAGCAGUGCUACAUUCCUGUUAAAGUGGAGUAUCGGGCGUAACAAGAAUGAAGUUGUCCAUAUGGCGUCCUAUCUGCUUUCACCUAAUGGCUGAACUCCACAUGCAGUGCAACAAAAGGGAUCCAGCAAACGGUUGAAAAGAGACUGCAGGGAACCAGAUGCCUCCCCAUUGUAGGGUGGCAGUGUCUCCUGAGUUGCCAGCAGAUGAAAAUGCAAGCCAGUCUGUUGAACAAACAUCCAUAAACCAACUGGGAGCUCAGAUUCAUAGACAUGCCAGUCAGCACCAGAGGCAGCCUCGGCUGGUAACAGAUGGCUGGGAGCUUCAACAGCCGUGGAGUCGCUCUUUUCAACCAGAAUUUCAGGACAGUAACCAGUCUCCAGCACUUUCCUUGUUGCCUGUAAACUCUGGAGUUGAACACAACUUCACUGAAUAUUCAUUAUUCCAACAAAGUGACAAUGAAUUUGCCCCUUUAAGGGCAUACCCUGACAUUUCCAUGGCAUCAGAGAGGUUGCACUUUCCACCCCAGGAUCGCACCACUCAGGCCUCUGAACGUGGCUCACUGUCUCAGCAUCCUUUGGCUCAGACUACCACCCUGUCUCAAGAAGGAGUGAGCAGCUGCUGCUCUCUGUCCCAACACAGUUUGUCACUAAUAGACGAAGGCAGACGAGAGGAAACUGUUCACUCGCCACCGAUUUCUACCACUGACAGACGGGGAGUACCAUCCAGAGAUGAUACAAGUAGCAGAGAGAAGGACGCAGUGACGCCAACUGACCCUCCAGACAAGCUAGUAGUAGAGGGUACUGAAGAUGAGACUUUCUUUCUGAGUAAGAAUAUUCCUGCCCUGCAUCUUCUGGAGCUCCUUCAGAAAGAUAUUGGCAUGCCAAGCAGCAGCAGUAGUGCUGUUUCCUCUGCCUCUGAGACCUCUGUGAAGGCAGCUGCAUCUUUUGCUGAAGAAUCUAAAAGCACUAAAGUUUGCAAACCACACAUCGACCAAAGCAUGGUUAGGAGAGAAGGUCCUCCAGGUGAAGCUUCUCUUCCCCAACAGCAGACACAACAACCUGACAGAGAUUUAUACCCCGACCAAUCCCGAACAUUGUCGUCUGAGGUCAGUAACAUCACCAUGGGGCUGCGCAGCACUAAACCUGAUGAAAGUAGUGAGGUGUUACGCAGAGAGCUGCUGUCUGAGGUAGAAAGGCACAGCAGCUGUGAAGCCGAAUCUAAAAACCAACAGCGAAAAAGUCCUAGACCACCCGGUCCAUCUCUCAUACCAUAUCCCACAGGGACGUCUGAAGGCAAGCCAAGUGUGACCAGAACAAAUUUAGGUGGCCUGCAAUGGACUGGAAAGUUUUCAGCAGGUAUUGAACGGGGUCACAGAGAGCAAGACCUCUGGUCCUCAGGGAACCAAACAGGGAUUGAUGGGUCCUACCUGGGUUUCCUUCCACAGUCUCAGUCCACUCCAGGGGUUUUUAAGGCUCCACCCAAAUCCAGUGUCAAGGCUAAAUUACAACUUUCUGCCAUAGAAUCCAAUAAAGAGAACUCUUAUGAGUCAAACACAGGGAUCUCUGCACAGCCAGCUGUUCCUGAAGCUGAUGUCCAUCGCCCAGACACAGCAACUCAGAGCCAAGAGGAAGCUACCUCUGCAAAAGUCCAGUCUCUCCCAAGUCUCAACUACAUGCAGAAAGUAGACGCUUGGAGGGCAAAUCAGAGUUCAGGCAAGACGUCACUAUUUGAUAGCUUGGCCCUGCAAGGAUUUUCUGGCACAUCUCCUAAAAAGAAAGCUUACGAUGCAGUAUCUGACCCUCUGAAUUGCAUCCUGAGUCAGCAAGUGAGGAGUUUACAACAGCCUCCCGUUUCAAGUGCUGCUAAUCAGAAAGCUACACAGAGCUCCUCCACGGCUCCCUCUGGCUCUUCUUCAAGAAGAGGGGAGGCGGUGGGCAGUGCUCCAAGUGACAACGAUAACACUGGGUCUGCAACAAGACCCUCUGCUUCACCCUUUGGCAGGUCACAGUCCCACUCCUCUCUAAGCACCAUUGUCACGUCGGUCCAGAAAGAUCAGCAGAAAAAUAGACCUGCAGAAGAAGAGAACAGUCGGCUUCAGGGUGAUGUCCACCAUCAGACAAGCGCCACAGUUCAACCCUCGGCUCGCAUGAGCCUCGGUCAGUUCAGCGAUGUGUCACUUGAUCGAGAUUUUACACUCUCAAGUUCCCAAGGUAGUUACAACAGUGGAAUUAAAGUAGGAACUUCCAUCGGAGCGUCUUCUGUUGUCAGCUUAGAGGUCGAUAACUACGCCCCCUACUGGACGUCAAAACUAUCAACGCCACCACCUAUGCCCAGGCCGCGAGACCUCAACAUUGAAGAACGAAUCCCGUUGUAUCUCCGUAACCUGGGUAUUGAUCAGUCUCCCUCAACAAUUUUAACUCCAUUCGAACCCAGAGGGCCAAUCAGAGAGCCUGAAUUCUCUCCCACUGAUCUCUGCACAAUUAAAGGAUCCGAUGGAACACCAACCAAGAGCACCCAACCCUCUGAAGGUGGCAGUCCUCAUAAAAGAGACUUCUCCAGGUGCAGCGUUCUGUCAGUGGAAUCCAGUGUAUCCAUACCGUUGAGCCUGGACAGUCUUGGUCCAGGUGUAUCUAUCCCAGAGCGGCCCAGGCGGGCUUCUCCUUCAUCAGAUAGAGAAGCUCUCCAUAAUGAACGCAGACUGGCUCCCUCCUCCCUGCCGGAUGAAGGCUCUUAUCCUUCCACCCAGCAACAGCACAUGGACAGCAGCUUAACCAGCAGCCAGAAUACCAUAGAGCUAAGAGACAGGUUUGACUCUGAUCUCUCGUUAUCUACCAGGUCCAGGUGUGCGGAGAGAGAGUUUGAGUUGCAAACAAGUGGUAGUUUGGAGCAAAAUGCAGAAGAUUCUAUUGUUAGCUCCAAUGCCAUGUUGGAGAUCCAUAACCUCCUCUCUCAGGCGGAGAACGUGUUAUCUGCUGGGUCCUCUGAGGCUUCCUCAACCUCCCCUGCGGCUUCCCGUCUACUCUCUGAUGAUGACAUCUUCCUCUCCCUGAGGAAGAAAACCAGCAGACUCAAGGACUCCUCAUUCUCCUCCUCCUAUGCUACUGAGGAUCCCAGAAUUCGAUCCUCCCUGCGGUGGGCCAGGUCCUCAUCUGACUCCAUGCUGGCCUCAGAGAAACUGAGAGAAAACUCUAUUGGUCGAGAGAGUGUGACUUCAUCGGGGCAACCUAAUUAUCCAUCCACACAAGCUCUUAUUACUGCUACAGGUGCAUAUAGAAGACCACAAGAUAGCACUGUUGGUAAAGGUGCAGAGUCGUCCCUUGUUCUCUCCCAAUCAGCCCGGCGGGCAGAGCCUGAGGGCUGCAGUGCUGCUCCCCCUGACAACACAGUCCCACCACAGCCACCGGUCAGCAAUCCUUCACCUGUUUUAAAUACACAACCGCUCACAUCUACUCCUACAGACACAGCAGGUGUCACAGAGGAGGAAACACAGACUGCUCUGGAAGGUUCUUUACAGAGCAGCCCCUCCUCGCCCAUCCUCCUCGAGGACACUGAUCAGGGAGGGAUGAGUGAUGGGAGCAGUGAGAGCUCGCUGGCAGUCAGAGUGGCCAAGUUACUGCAGAGUGAAUCUCCGUCCACCAUGGUGUCCAGUACUCCCAGCACCACUGACCAAGAGGAGAGCAAAGCCAGAGAGUGGAUUAAGUUGACGAUAUCAGGACAGCAGUGUGAGCCUCUGGAGUUGGACAAAGAAGACAGAAAGCGGAUUGAAGAGAUCAAGAGAGAGCUGCUGUUAAAAAAUCCCAUAAAGAGUCAGGGGAGCACAGAUACCGAGAGCAGUGCUGUGUCCAGUAUUAGAGUCCAAAGGGAGCAGGAUCCACCUCAGCAAGCGAAGACAUUCAAUCCCCUAGGUGUUGCUAACAACCAGCCAUCCCAGCCGCUGCAGGGCCUCCACACAGAUCUCUCUGACUCCAGCCUGCAGCUUCAAAACCCACCUCGCCCAGAUCUAGAGGCUCAGAUACGUGAGAUCGCUGCCAGAGAAGGUGUAACCCUCCCUAGGACAAACCUUCAGGCCCUCACAUCUAUCACUAUCGCCACUCGCAAACGCUCCACCUCCCCCUCUCCCUCCACGCCGCCUGCGUCUCCCCUCAGCCCAGCACCAGAGCUGCUCCACCUGGCCGAGCUCUCCACAGGAGCAGUCCAACUUCCUAACAGGCAGCUUCCCCCUAUGGAACAAGAAGAUGAAGCAGUGUUUGAACCAAGCAGUAGUCUUGACACCAGAAAUAAAAAUCUGACUUCUCCAUCACCAGGGAAUCAGAAGAGGCAAAAUGCUGUAGGAGGCCAGUUUGAAGAGCCUCCUCCACCCUUACAGGGUUUAGGUAGAAAUGAUGUGAAUGCUACGGAGGACAACGUGGAGUUUUUCAGGCGAGAUGACGAGUUAUCCGUCCAGGACGGCUCUGUUUCUGGUGUUAGUCACAAAGCUGAACAGGCCACAGGUUCAUCCACAUCUGAAUCCCCAGCCAGGACAGGUCACGUCUCGCAUGUCCAUCUCACUCUGUCCCCCAAAGCCACCGAUCACAGCUUGUCCACUGCUGCCCUCUCCAGUCAUUCUGAUGCUGUUACGGGGCUGCCACGUAAAGAAUUUGUCCCCCUCAGACCCUCCUCUUCUGCUGCCAGCAGUCCGGCCGAAGGUGUCGGUUUGUCCAGUCCACCAAAGUGGCACGACGCCAGAGAGCCAAAAAGACAGCGGGUGCCUGAAAGACCAGAGACCUCCACCCUGUUCAAAACCGCUGUGCCUCAGAGAAGGAAGACCUCCACAUCCGCACAAUCCUUUACACCUCGUCACAGAGUUGUUGUGUCACCAAGACCUUUCACGACUACUGAGACACCAGUUCCUGUUCUGUUGCCUUAUAAACCUCGUGGCAGUGAGGAGCUUUUCUACGUCCCUCAAACAGAAGCUGAUGUCUCCAACACCGACUCUUCUGACACCACCAUGGAGAGCUCCCACACAGGCUCAGACGACGCUGUGCCCCCACGCUUCAGCAGUGAGGUCCUCGGGCACCGAGACGCUGGGUUGGACUGUGGAGUCACCAUCAAACACUCAGAGGGCAUCUACAGCAAGAGGCUGAAAACAACCACCAUCAAAAUGCAAGAGCCCGGACGCAGAGAUGUCUCUGUAUCAACGGAUGGACCCUCACAAACAAGGGUGACUAAAGCUCCAAAGCCGUCUUCUCAGGUAUCCGUUGCCUUUACCAGAGUGCCUUUAUCGAGCAACCAAGGAGCCUCCAAGAGAGACCAGGGGACCAGCCCAGUGCACUUCCCCAGUUAUGAGCAACCAGAGCCAAGCCGUGUGAGAUUUCAGCCAGAUCGUGUGGACAUGGAUUACGACAAGGCGAGCCGUCACCUGGACCAAAGCUCUGUCCCUCAGGCAGGAGGGGAGGGAGACCAGGAGAGGAGGGACUCUCAUCUCCCUCGCCCCAACGCCCAGCAGAGCAGCAGCACUCUGGAGCAGCUGUGGGAGAGGUUCUGUGAUCGGCGGAGCCUGGAGGAGUCCCGACCAACCAAUGACAAAGAGGCAUCGCUGCUGGAGCGGCUAGAACGCCUGUCCCGUCUUAUUCAUAACACAAGGAGUACUAACAUGUCAGAACUACGAGAAGAAAAGCUGGGAAGGAGGGGAGAAGAUGCUACGGGGAAGGACAUUGGAGAGGUGAAGAGGAGCGUAGGUUUUGAGGCCAGAAAAAUGGAAAGGAAAGCCGGAGGAGAUCGAGAGGUUGAAGGUGAACCUCCCGCUCCUCGUCAGGCCUGGACACAGAGGCUACAGGUAGAGGAAACUUCUCAACCUGCAGACGAGGACUCCUUCACCUCCAGCUUCUCUCAGGGCUCCUCACAGAUUCAGCACCUCUAUCCUGCAGACAGAGACGAGUCGGAGAACUUGUCCACCGCGUCUGGCUCCAUGUCCACCGUGGACACGGCGCGGCUGAUCCGAGCCUUCGGCGCCCACCGAGUCCAGCACCUGAAGACGAGCUCCUGCCUCGGUAAACUGUACAACACCAUCGACAAGCAGAAAGAAGGGAGGGAGCAGAGGAGAGGAAGAAACAAAGAGCCGCCUCACAUCAUCACACUGUCAGAGACCACCGGCACUGAUGAAUCCACCGUUGCUGCUGAUUCUACAUCAACCAGCAGUUACACCGUCCCGUCACACCGCGGCCCCUCCAGGACUCUGGCAGCCAAGAAGGCUGUUAAAAUGGUCAGCAGAGGCAUCCAGGCAGGUGACCUGGAACUUGUCAGUAGUGGGACUCGAAGCCACACCAGAGAUGUUGGGACCACUUUUCCUUCGCCUGGUGAAGCCAGAACUUCCAGGCAGAUCUCAUCUUCCUCAUCCAGUUUAGAGAGAAGAAGAGGAGGGCGCCCCUCUAAGAGUCAGGGGUUACAAAAACAGAGAAAGAGCAAGAGAAGCCCGCCGAAGACCUACCCUGAAGGUGUUUCAUGGUUCAUCUCUGCUGACGACCUGAGGUCAGAGGCGAGGAAGGAGAACCGGCCAGAGGAAGAGGAGUCGACGUGGAGGCCGAGCACUGCCUGGUUUGAGCCGUACAGCAAAAUGAAUCCAUGGAGAGAACCGCUGAGACAGAGACAAGUCCACGAAGACAGAAACAAACAUCAUGCUGAACCCGAUUUAAAUCCAAGAACCAAAACGAUUUCCUCUGGUCUGGCACGUAUCUCUCUCCAGGAGGCGCUGGAGAUGCGUCGUCCAGAGUUCAUCUCUAAGUCCAUGCGGAGGGUGGAGCGCCUGGCUCUGCAGGUGGAGGAGAGGAAGCUACAGGAAGACUUCAGCAGAGAGAGAGACGAACUCUUCAGCCGGCCCGGAGGACCGAGGAGGCUGCUGAGGCCUGCAGGCACCGCUCUGCUCAGGAGGGCUGUUCCCAGGAAGGAGAUGAUACAGAGAUCCAAACAGAUUUAUGAGAAUCUUCCCGAGGUUCAGAGGAGGAAAGAGGAGGAAAGAAGAAAAGCAGAAUAUCGAUCUUACCGGCUGAACGCUCAUCUCUACAACAAGAGAAUCACUAACCGCGUCCUGGGCAGAAGAACAGUGUGGCAGUGAUCAAACAGACAGACAUUUUUUUUUACUGUACAUUAAAUCAGUGAUGUGAAAACAUUUUUACAAUUUUAAUAACAAAA